GGUACAGGACGGGAGCUCCGUUUCUCUGCACAGACCGAGCUCGGAGCAUCAGUGAGCGGCGGAGAGGAUGCGGGACGGCGGUGUGUGUGUAGCGGAUCAACCGGGCAUGUAAAAAGCAGGACGAUAUGAGUGUGACAUCUGAACUGAACGCUAUUAUUGUCGGCAUUGUUGGAUUAUUUUUUUCACCGAGUGAAUCUGGACGUGGAUCUGCAAUGGAGCGUCGAUCCUGUGAGAGCUGCUGACCGUGUGUGUGUGUGUUAGUGAGCUAAUAUUACAGACAAUAAUGAAAGGAGAUUAUCCAUUAGGCAUAGACACAGCUCAGAAUAUCUUGGUAAUUAGUCGGUUUUUUCUAAGGGACUGUGGCUAUUUUCCUUUAUUUAUGAUAUAAUCAUGAAGCAUUACUGAAUGUGUUAUUAAUGAUUUAAAAAAAAUCAAUGGUUACACAAUUUGUUGGCAGACAGCAGGCUGAUUAAAGGCCUAUUUUGAUUGUCAUUUUAUAAAUUGUCCUUUUGUUGCUUACAACGAGAGAGGCAAUCAUGUCUAAAAAUAAGAGCAGCGAGUCAGUGAAGGUGGUAGUUCGAUGCCGGCCCUUGAACCGGAGAGAGGAGUCCAAUGGGCCUGCAGGGAGCAUCGUGAAGAUGGACAUCCGGCUCGGACAGGUGAUCCUCAGAAACCCUCGAGCCACAGCCAGCGAGCCCCAGAAAACAUUCACAUUCGAUGCAGUUUACGAUGCAAACUCCAAACAGCGAGAUCUGUACGACGAGAGCGUGAGACCUCUGAUAGAUUCGGUUCUCGCAGGGUUCAAUGGCACCAUAUUUGCGUACGGACAAACCGGAACUGGGAAGACGUACACCAUGAUGGGGGCGUGGAUGGACCCCGAGAAACGUGGCGUGAUCCCCAACGCUUUUGAUCAUAUCUUCACACACAUCUCCCGCUCACAGUCUGAUAGGCAGUACCUGGUGCGGGCGUCCUACCUCGAGAUCUACCUGGAGGAGGUUCGGGAUCUCCUGGAUCCGAACCACGGGAAUGCCAGAGCCCUGGAGCUCCGGGAGAAUCCGGACUCUGGGGUUUACGUUAGUGACCUCACAUCGUGUGUCUGCAAGAGCAUCAAGGAGAUCGAGGAGGUGAUGAACGUGGGCAACCAGGCGAGGGCGGUUGGGGCGACGGACAUGAACGAACACUCGUCCCGAUCCCACGCUCUGUUCCUGAUUACAGUAGAGUGCAGCCAGCCUGGACCAGAUGGGAGGAAGCACAUCCGGGUGGGACGCCUCAACCUGGUGGAUCUGGCUGGAAGUGAGCGUCAAGCGAAGACAGGCGUCCAGGGUGAGCGCCUGAAGGAGGCCGCCAAGAUCAACCUGUCCUUGUCGGCGCUGGGGAACGUGAUCUCAGCGCUGGCCGAUGGGCGCAGCAGCCACGUCCCGUACCGAGACUCCAAGCUGACCCGGCUUUUGCAGGACUCUUUAGGUGGGAAUGCAAAAACUGUCAUGGUCGCCACUUUGGGCCCGUCCCCGCAGCACUACGACGAGACCCUCACCACUCUACGUUAUGCCAACAGGGCCAAGAACAUCCAGAACCAGCCCAGAGUCAACGAGGAUCCAAAGGACGCUCUACUGCGAGAGUUCCAGAUGGAGAUCGCUCGUCUCCGGGCUCAGCUUCAUCACAGGAAGUGGAGGAGCAAACAGAAGAAGGAGCAGGUGGACGGAGAGGACUGGGAAGGAGAUGGGGAUGAGGAGACGGAUGGCGAGGAGGAAAAGGCGGUGGAGGAGUACGUGAAGCUGGAGGAGCAAAGACUGGAAAGGGAGAAACAGGACAUCAGAGAAGAUCAGUUCAUGUUGGCUGAUGAGAAGCAGAGGCUCCUGGGAGAGAAGGAGAGGAUGAUGGGAGAUCUGAGGAAGGAGCAGGAGGCCACAGAGCAACUCACCGCCAAGUACAAGGCAAUGGAGAGCAAGCUGCUGGUCGGUGGGAAGAACAUCAUGGAUCACACCAACGAGCAGCAGAAGAUGCUGGAGAUGAAGAGGCAUGAGAUUGCUGAGCAGUCGAGCAGUGAGAGGGAGAUCCAGCAGCAGAUGUUGGUGCAGGACGAGGAGACGGUGGAGCUCAGAGAGACGUUCACCUCUCUGCAGCAGGAGGUGGAGGCCAAGACCAAGAAGCUCAAGAAGUACCUGAAGCUGUAUGCCAAGCUUCAGUGCAUUAAAGCGGAGAUCCAGGAUGUGAACGACGAGCACGUGAGGAGCCGGCAGGAGCUGGAGCAAACCCAGAACGAGCUCACCAGAGAGCUCAAGUUCAAGUGA